AUGGCAUCAAGUGGUUCUAAUCAACGGACCGAUGAAAAUUCAAAACCUUCUGAAGGUGAAAAUAACCAACAAGCUGUUGCCGGUGCCGGUGAAGGACCACCGAAAACAGCAAAGCAAUUGGCAAAAGAAGCUGAAAAAGCCGAAAAAUUAAGAAAAUUUGAAGAAAAACAAAAAGCAAAAGCAUUAGCUGACGAACAGAAAAAAGCGAAAGAAUUAGCUGAAGGUGGUUCCAAGAAGAAAGCCGUCACGUGUGACAUUACUGAGUAUACCUCUCCGACAGGUGACGGUGAGAAAAAAGAUAUUCAUUGUGAAUUGCCAAAAGCUUAUAGUCCAAAAUAUGUCGAAGCAGUUUGGUAUCAUUGGUGGGAGAAAGAAGGCUUUUUUCGUCCCGAAUAUUACGAUGAACAUCCACCAUCGAAUGCUUCAACGCCACGAAAAUCGUUUUCUAUGGUUAUUCCACCACCGAAUGUUACUGGUUAUCUUCAUUUAGGUCAUGCUAUUAUGUGUACACUUGAAGAUACAAUUUCACGUUGGCAUCGUAUGUGUGGUGAAAGUGUUCUUUGGGUUCCCGGAUGUGAUCAUGCUGGUAUAGCAACACAAGUUGUCGUCGAAAAAAAACUAAUGCGUGAACAAAAUUUAUCCAGGCUUGAUUUAGGACGAGAACGAUUUUUGGAAGAAGCUUGGAAAUGGAAAAAUGAAAAGGGUGAUCAUAUCUAUGAACAAAUAAAAGCGUUGGGUUCUUCAUGUGAUUGGUCACGUAAAGUGUUCACUCUGGAUAAAGGCAUGUCCUAUGCUGUUGAAGAAGCUUUUAUUCGUCUGCAUGAAAAAAAACUAAUCUAUCGUUCAACACGAUUAGUUAAUUGGUCUUGUACACUUAAAUCAGCCAUAUCUGAUAUCGAAGUCGAAAAAACUGAAUUAAAAGGUCGAACAUUAAUUCGUGUACCUGGUUAUGAAGAGCCAGUUGAAUUCGGAAUGUUGAUUUAUUUUGCUUAUCCAGUUGAAGAUUCAAAGGAGGAAAUUAUUGUUGCAACAACUCGUCUUGAAACAAUGCUUGGUGAUACAGCAGUUGUUGUUCACCCGGACGAUGAACGUUAUAAACAUCUACAUGGUAAAUAUGUUCAACAUCCAUUUCUGCCACGUCGUUUACCAAUUUUAACCGAUACAAUGGUUGAUCCAGCGUUCGGUUCGGGCGCAGUUAAAGUUACACCAGCACAUGAUCCAAAUGAUUUCGAAUGUGGACGUCGACUCUCCUUACCAUUUAUAACAUGUAUUAAUGAUGAUGGUCUAAUGUCAUCGGAAUGUGGUCCCUAUGCUGGUAAACUACGUUUUGAUGUUCGACGUCAACUUUUAAGUGACUUGAAAGAACGUGGUCUCUAUCGUGAUGCAAAAGAAAACGAAAUGGUUAUACCAAUAUGUAGUCGAAGUAAAGAUAUUAUUGAACCUUUACUUAAACCACAAUGGUAUGUUAACUGUAAAACAAUGGCACAACGCUCAAUUGAUGCUGUUCGAUCGAAACAAUUGAAAAUUUUACCCACUAUAUUUGAACCUGUUUGGUACAAAUGGUUAGAAGACACACGUGAUUGGUGUAUAUCACGACAAUUGUGGUGGGGUCAUCGAAUACCAUCUUAUUUUGUUAGUUCAGAUGAAAUACCGGCAGGAAGUGACGUUGAUGAUCAAUAUUGGAUUAGUGCUCAUACAUCUGAGGAAGCACUUGAAAAAGCAGCUCAACGGUUUAAUAUCCCAAAAGAUAAAAUUCGCUUAAAACAAGAUGAAGAUGUUCUCGAUACAUGGUUUUCAUCGGGUAUUUUUCCAUUUUCAUCUUUUGGUUGGCCCAUGGAAACCGAUGAUUUAAAACGAUUCUUUCCAACGACAUUACUGGAAACAGGUCAUGAUAUACUUUUCUUUUGGGUCGCACGUAUGGUUAUGAUGUCAUUAGAAUUAACCGAUCGUUUACCGUUCACCGAAAUUUAUUUACAUGCUCUUAUUCGUGAUGCACAUGGACGUAAAAUGUCGAAAAGUUUGGGUAAUGUUAUUGAUCCAAUUGACGUGAUUCAUGGAAUACCGCUUGAUAAACUUCAAGAAUUAUUAAAAAGUUCUAAUCUUGACCCGAAAGAAUAUGAACGUGCACGACAAGGACAACAAGAGGAUUAUCCAAAUGGUAUUCCAGAAUGUGGCACAGAUGCAUUGCGGUUUGCUUUUUGUGCAUAUGCUAAUCAAGGUCGAGAUAUCAACUUAGAUGUUUUACGUGUUAAAGGUUAUCGACAUUUUUGUAAUAAACUUUGGAAUGCUAUUCGGUUUGCAAUGUCGAAAAACUUAGAUAUUAACGCUCCGAAUUGUUUUGAACCGCCAGCAGAAUUUAAAUUUACUGGCGCGGAAACACCAUGUGAUUUAUGGAUUUUAAGUCGAUUGAGUUAUGCUAUUGAACAAUGCGAAACUGGCUUCAAUAAUUAUCUAUUUCCUCAAGUUACAACAGCUAUUUAUAAUUUUUGGCUCUAUGACUUAUGCGAUAUCUAUAUUGAAUAUGUUAAAAAAGAUUUAUAUGCCAAAGAUCCAGAUUUAAAACGACAAGAAACUAUUAAAUUAAUUUUAUAUACAUGCCUAGAUAAUGGUUUAAGAUUGAUUGCACCUAUUAUGCCUUUUGUUUCCGAGGAACUCUAUCAACGUCUGCCAAAACCCAAUAAAGGACUCAAUGUACCACCUAGUCUGUGCGUCACACCCUAUCCGCAAGCAAGUCAAUUUAAAAAAUAUCGUAAUGAAAAUCUUGAAGCCAGUGUUGCAACUGUUGACGAAGCAAUGAAUAAAAUUCGUUCAUAUCGUUCGGCACAAAAGAUUGUUUCCAAAGAAAAAGAUGAUCUUUAUAUUCGAGCUUCGCCAUCAGCAUCCUUACUUUUUUCUGAAUAUGCCGAUCUGAUUCAGCCACUUGCUAAUAUUAAUAAUAUACAAUUCCUCAAAGAUGAACCAACAGCUGAUCAAACUGAAUACACAAGCAUUGCUACAACAAUGGAUUAUACGCUCUAUUUUAAAUCGAAAUGA